ACGCAAGCGAAGCAAUCGCCCAAACAACACUUGUUCCUUCCGUCGUCAACAAGCAAGCAAACCCUACUCCUUACAGUCGCCCUAGGUGCCCGCGCAUUCAAUCUUCAUCAUCAUCAAAGCCAUCCGCCCACAUGGCUGAUAAGAGAAAAAUCGCCGAGCUCAAUCGGCUAUCUCUCCCGGCAACGCUCCCGGUAACGCCCCCAGAGACAGUAUUUCCCGCAUCCACCACACCGUCUGUGGGCUUGCCCGUCUCGGGCGUCGAUAAGAUUAUCGCCGAAAUUCGUAAUCGCAUCUAUGGCCGAGUCGAGGUCGAAGAGGAGUGGUGGUGUAUUAGCCU